AUGGCUCAAACAAUAAAAAAUGUGAUAUGCAUCUUCCUUAAUCUCUUAUCACUUGUAAUAAUCUCAAGUGGUUUAAGAUUGAAACUCACUCACAGAGAUUCUCCAAACUCUCCUCUAUACGAACCAAAUCUCUCCGACUUCGAAAGAUUCAAUAAAAACGUCGAGAUUUCCAAAGCUCGCGCCUCUCGCUUUCACCGAUUUAAUCUCCAAAACGCAUCCUUACGGUUCCCACUAAUGCACCACGAAUAUUUAUACACGGUCGACAUAGGCCUAGGCACACCCGUCACCAAAAGAACGUUGAUCUUCGACACGGGGAGCCACCUCACAUGGACGCAAUGCAAACCGUGCAUCCGAUGCUUCAAGCAAAACCAACCUCUUUUCGACUUUAAAAAAUCGAGUACCUACCGAUUAAUGUUAACAAGGAACAAACUAUCGAGGGGGUUCAAAUGCAGAUCCGAAGGAUGCUUCUACCUUAUGCAGUAUUACAGUGGGCAGUUCUCCAGGGGAAUCUUGGCGAUGGAGGAUUUCACAUUCGGAACGAGUGCACGAGUUUCGACAAGAGUGGCUAAUAUGUCUUUCGGCUGCGGGACCACUAACGUUGGCGAUUUUGGUGAAGGGGUAAGUGGAAUUCUUGGGAUGGAUAAAGUGCCGAUUUCGUUCGCUCGACAGCUUGGGGACCGCAUCAAGCAUCGGUUUUCUUAUUGUCUGACGAAAAUAGACUCGAACAAUACCAAAGAGUCGUCAUCGUACUUGAGUUUCGGCGACGACGCUGUAAUAAAAGGAGCGAAUGCUCGGAGCACGCCUUUCGUAAGGAUGAUACCCGACACGCAUUAUAUAUUGAAGUUGAACGAUAUUAGCAUUGCCGGACAAAAGUUGGGACUUUCAAAAGGUACGUUUCCCGAGGGGUGCGUUGUGGAUUCGGGCGCUUCGAUCAGUCUUUUGAACGGAAACGCUUUCGUUAAGGUGAGAAAUUUCAUGUUGGUUUACUUUUCGAGAUUCAAGAAUGUGAGAAGACUUAUGGGGAACGAGGUUCCGAAGGGAUUGAUUUGCUACAUGCACGUCGUUUCUAAUACGGAAGGUCUUUUCGCGAAUUUUCCGAAUAUGACGUUUCAUUUUGAAGGGGCCGAUUACGAAGUCCCGUGGGAGAAUUCUUUCAUGAUGUUGGGAAAGAAUGUGUUUUGCUUGGCGAUGAAGUCGGAAAACGUCACGAUUUUGGGAGCUUAUCAACAGAGGAAUAUGAGGAUUGUGUACGAUUUGAAGGACGAUAAGAUGUCGUUUGCGCCCGAGGAUUGUUCGAGAGGUGCAGCUUAA